AGGACUAGAAGAGUGCCCCCUGGAGUCAUGAUGAUGAUAAUGGUCAUCAUAACUGACAUUUAGAUAGAACUUGAAGGUUUACAAAGCAUUUCCUCUCAUUUGAAUAACAUUUGUAAGGCUCAGACAAUGUGAUAUCUUUCCUUCUGUACAGCAGCAGGGAGCUCCUACUCCAAGACAUUCACCCUCAACUUUACCAUCACCAACAUGUUUUAUACACCAGACAUGGGUGAAAGGGGCUCCAACACAUUUAAGGCUGCUGAGAAUGUCCUGCAAGUUCUGGUGAGACUCCAUUCCCCUUCCCCUACCUUCUCUCCCCCAUGCUGCCUUCCUUAGCCCUGAUUAUCCAGGCUUGGUCUAGUCAGGUUCUCAGAAGUUCCUUUCUCCCCUUUUGUUUUCAGCUGAAGUUCUUAUUUGGAAUGAGCAACCUUGGCUCUCACUAUUCUGCAUGCAGUGUGAACUUGCUGAGGUCUCUGAAGAAUGGGACAGCAACAGGAGUGGGUGUCCUGUGUACUUUUCAGGAAGAUUCCUCCAACCCUGUCCUGAACAAAGAGAAGGUUUACUGGGAGCUAACUGAACAGAUUCAAAGAAGAAGGCUAAAACAUGUGCUUAUAGAGAGGGACAGCCUCUUUGUGGAUGGGUAUCAUCAUAAGCAACCAGGCAUCAUAUCCACAAAGAAGAGUGAGAUUGCUGUAGGACCUGUCACCCAUAUCCCAGACCAUGGAGCACCAGGAGACAUGACAUCAGUGACUAGCAGCCUCUAUGAAUCCACAGUAGGUGCCAUUGCAGCAGGGAGCUCCUACUCCAAGACAUUCACCCUCAACUUUACCAUCACCAACAUGUUUUAUACACCAGACAUGGGUGAAAGGGGCUCCAACACAUUUAAGGCUGCUGAGAAUGUCCUGCAAGUUCUGCUGAAGUUCUUAUUUGGAAUGAGCAACCUUGGCUCUCACUAUUCUGCAUGCAGUGUGAACUUGCUGAGGUCUCUGAAGAAUGGGACAGCAACAGGAGUGGGUGUCCUGUGUACUUUUCAGGAAGAUUCCUCCAACCCUGUCCUGAACAAAGAGAAGGUUUACUGGGAGCUAACUGAACAGAUUCAAAGAAGAAGGCUAAAACAUGUGCUUAUAGAGAGGGACAGCCUCUUUGUGGAUGGGUAUCAUCAUAAGCAACCAGGCAUCAUAUCCACAAAGAAGAGUGAGAUUGCUGUAGGACCCGUCACCCUUAUCCCAGACUAUGGAGCACCAGGAGAUAUGACAUCAGUGACUAGUGGCCUCCUGACCUAUGAAUCCACAGUAGGUGCCAUUGGUAAGAAAUUAUUAAUUUUCUUUCUAUUAUACUGGUAUUCAUCCUUGCUCUGGGCCCUUGUUUUACAGCUUGGAGAUAUGAUAUGGAUUCAUCUUCAUAUUCUGAGUACAGGAUACUCACUGAUGGGGGAGUUUGUGAUUAGGUUGUAAGACCUGGCAAUUUCCUCUGUCCCAUUACUGUCUGCCCAGAUGUAUACCAUGAUACCAGCCUUUGGAUGAAGAGCUCAUGGAGGAUUUUGUCCAUUUCUUGUGUUAGUUAGUGUGUAUACAUAUAAUUUACUAUGCUAAAAGUCCACUACUGAAGGACAGGCUUUCCUAUGCCCAGCACGUAAAACCCUGAAUGGGGUACCUGAUUAGUAACAAAUGAUUACUGCUUCAUUUUCCAUUUAACCUGAGCAGGUAUCUAACAGGCAUUUUGUCUGAGCCAGGAUCCCUAUCUCAUCUGAGGGCAAGAUGACCGGAGAGAUCCAUGUAGAUGAUGAUAUGUAGAUUUCAGUCUCUUCUUAUUUAAUACUUUCUCAUGGUGGCCAUGCACCCUAGAGCAGAAGUAGAUCAUAAUCUCUGUCACAGACCUUUUUAUUUUGAAAGUGCUUGUUAGGGAGAAGGUGCUCUUCUCAGGAAGGACAAACU